AUGGCCAUGAAUCCCAACGCGGCCAUGGCAAAUAUGAACCCGAUGGGUGGCCCAGUCGGAAGCGCGCCUAUGCCUAUGAUGAAUAACGGCGCUCUCAACCCCCAAGCCGCCGCUGCUGCCGCUAGACAGCAGCAGCUUAACGAUAACCAGCGUGUUGUCCUAAACACCUACAUUUACGAGUAUUUCCUACGAUAUGAGAUGUUUGACUGUGCGCGCGCUCUUCUCAGCAGCGACCAGCCUGUCAAUGUCAAGGAUGGCAAGAAUGGUAACUCCAUGAACGGUGCCGGUGAUGAUGCCAUGGACGCCGAUACCAAGGAUGGUAUCGAAUCCAAGACUCCCGAUGACCUGCCCGCCCCCAAAUUGCCUAUGCCGGCGUCCGAUACAUCUUUUCUAUACGAAUGGUUUUGUCUGUUUUGGGAUAUUUACAAUGCGCAGCGUGCCAAGGGUAACAGCAACGGGAACAUUAACCAAUAUGUCAUGCACACUCAGGAAAUGCUUCGAAUGCGACCCGAUAUGCAGCAGGCCUAUCAAGCCCAGAUGGCUCGCGGCAUGCAAGGCGGCAUGGCCGGAAUGAAGCAGGGCAACCUAGCGCGCACUGCAAUGGCUAACAACCAAAAUCCGCAAAUGAUGCUUGCCAAGCAGAAUCCCAUGCAGCGAGACCCGUCUCAUAUGAACGCAAAUCAGGACCGGCCGUCCUCCCCCGCUGCUGGCGGCGAGAACGCCCCUUCACCUUCCGCCAAGCGUCAACGCACCGACGGUGGCCCAGGAAUGAACCCUCAACAGAUGAUAAAUGCGGCAGGAGCUCAAUCGAUACACCAGAUGCUAACGGCCAGCGGCAUCAAUCCCAAUUCUCUUACUCCGCAGCAAAUUAGUCAACUCGCCAACACGCCCCCGCACGCUCAACAAAAAUCGAUUUCGGCCUACAUGGCGAACAUGCAAUCGCAUCACGGAAAGCAGCUUGGAACCCAGCCCGGCAUGCCUAAUGUGCCUAACCCUCAGAACCAAGGCUCCCCUAUGAUCCAGCAUGCCCCAGAUGGAACCGCAUUGAACAAUUUCUACAACGCGCCUGAAAUCGGCGGCAGUAUGCGUCCAGGCCCACCUGGUGCCACAGCUGCGCAGGGCACUGGCAGCAACCAUGCGCUUCAGGACUACCAAAUGCAGCUGAUGCUUCUAGAACAACAGAACAAGAAGAGGCUCAUGAUGGCUCGCCAGGAGCAGGAUAGCAUGGGUGGCACCAUGCCACGGGAAGGACCCCCUGGGCCGGGACCCAACGGCCAGUUCCCAGAUACCUCACCACAGGCUAUGCGAAGUGGCGUCUCACCAAACCCUGGUGACCAGAUGAAGCGAGGCACUCCGCAAAUGAACAAUUCUGGGAUACCGUCUCCCGUUCCUGAAGGUGGCCAGUCGAGAGACUCACCUAAUCCUAUGAACUUCAUGAGCAACCAAGUUGACCCCAGCAUGGCACCGCACUUUUUCAAGAAUAUGGACCCCAAUAUGCCUCAAGCUCAGAUAAAUGGCAUGCGUCCGCCGAGCUCGCACCCCAAUCAACCUUUCAAUCCGCAGCAGAUGAUGGCGGCCAGGGCACAACAGGGCCAAGGCAACCCGCAGCAAUGGCAGCCUGGUCCUAAUGGGCAAAUGGUUGGCCAGGGCAUGGCCCAGAACCCUCAAGCCCAGGGCACACCUCAACAGCGUGCCAUGCCGCCCCCUUCUGCUCCUGCCGGGGCUGGGCCCAACAGAACAACAGCGUCACCGCAGCAGUCGGCAGCGGCGCCGCCGACACCGAACCAAGGCACCAAGAAUGCUCCCAAAAAGAAGGAAACGAAGGCUGCCAAGGACAAGCGUGCUGCUGCUCAGAAGAAUAAGGCGGCGGCUGCCAGCGCCGCGGGUGCCACCCCUGCGGCAGAUGGUACUGGUGAUGGCGAUUCCGCCGCUCCCGCUACGCCAAUGACACCUUCUUUUAACAAGAAUGCGGCACCUACACAGGGUAAUGCUGUCCCGGUCACUACAGCACCAGCUGCCAGUGCUCCCGCUGUAGCUGCCCCUACACAACCGCAAGGCGAUCUCGGGCAAAAUGGUCUGGGCGGCGCAGAAAACUAUGGCAUGGUCGACUUUCCUGGCAUGGAAUUCACUAACCCUCUCAACUCGAGUGAUGUCCUUAACGACUUUGACUUUGAUUCGUUCUUACAUGACAACGACGGCAAUGCUGAAGCGUUUGACUUCAACGGCACAUUCUCUGGAAUGGAAGGUAAUGAGAUUGGUGCCGAAUGA